AUGACAGCGGUAGACCUCAGGCUCGGAGUGAUACCUCAGGCACUGAUCUCUGGUGCUGCCCGGACAGCAGGCACGGCCUGGAGUAUGAUUACAGUAACUGCUUCUGCACUGCAAAACGCCAUUGCCUUGAAGAAGGGCAACUUAGUGCAAAGCCGUAGCGACCAGUUAGCUGUGAAGACAGUCCUCCAGUCAGUGGAGAAUAACAUGGUUCAGAAAAAGACAUUCUCCUCCACUGACUGGAGGACGCAUGGGCGGGCAGAAGAAUCAAAUGGUGGUGGUGGUGGUGAAGAAGGGGAGGACGGCGAGAACGAGGUGGUGGGUGGUGGUGGUGGCGAUGGUGAUGAAGAAGGGGAGCAUGAUGAGAACAAGGUGGUGGUGGUGGUGGUAAUAUUGAAGAAGGGGAGAAGGAUUAGAAUGAGUGAUGGUGUUGAGAGAAAGCAGAGGCGGAAGAGUAGGAGGAAGAGGAGAAGGAGUAUCAAGGCGACGACAACGAGACGGUAG